UCGUCGUUGUUACUUCUGCUUACUCUCUCUCUCUCUCUCUCUCUUCUCUCUACUGCGCGAACGCCGGCCGGCGAUGGAUCCUCUCUCUGCGCUUCGGGACUUCACGACUCGGGGCGACCUCGACCAGAUCGUCCGAGUUGGCGACGAGUUCCGGUUCGGCAAUGCCUACGCCUUCCCCUGUAACUCCGAGACGGCCUAUCGGUCGAAGCAGGGCGGCCUCUACACCCUCGAGUCCCUCAUCUUCUAUGUACAGAACGCCCAUGUCAAGCAUACUGACUACAUCCAGCUCGCUCGCUCCCGCCGCAUCCAGCCCGUCACCUUCACCGACCGGAAGCCCCUUCUCGACUACCUGCACGGCAAAAUCUCCUCCACCGAUGCCGUCGAAACGCUGAUAGUCCGUCCCUCGUCUCCAGCCACAGCGGCGGCGGCUGACGACGUCUCUGCCUCCACCGCGCUCCCGUCCGCGACAGCUGCUCCCCCAGAUGAUGAGCCGGCUUCUUUAGAGCCGCCUAUCGCGAGGAUUAGGGUUUCGGAGGGGGCAAUCGGGUACACUAGCGCGAUUAGGGUUUUGGAGAGGCCGCUCAAAGAUCGGGACGCGCUGCUGGAGUGCAGAACGAGGGACUUCUACAGUAUUCUCGCUUCAUCGACGGCGAGGAAGGACGAAGAGAGGUCGCGGCGGGACGGUGGAAAGGAGAACGGUGAGGAUCACGACGGCUCGCAUUACGGGAGGGGGAAGGAGCUCGGGAAGGCAAAGCUUUUCGGCGGGAAGGCAGGGGAAGGUGUGCCUAUUAUCCUCGUUCCGAGCGCGUUCCAGACGCUGAUCACUAUCUACAACGUGAAGGAGUUCUUGGAAGACGGGGUGUUCGUUCCGACCGACGUGAAGGUGAAACAGAUGAGGGAAUCGAAAAUGCCGAAGCCCGAUUGCGUCACAGUACAGAAGAAGCUCAGCCGGGACAGGGCGGUUGCUGCGUAUGAGGUGCGGGACAAGCCGUCGGGGAUGAAGACGGAGGAUUGGGACCGGGUUGUGGCGGUGUUCGUGCUCGGCAAGGAGUGGCAAUUCAAGGACUGGCCGUUCAAAGACCACGUAGAGAUCUUCAAUAAGAUAAUUGGCUUCUACAUGCGUUUUGAGGAUGACAGUGUGGAGUCGGCGAAAUUGGUGAAGCAGUGGAAUGUGAAAAUUAUUUCUAUAAGCAAGAACAAGCGGCAUCAUGAUAGGGCUGCAGCACUUGAGGUAUGGGAAAAGCUGGAAGAGUUUGUCCAGUCACGUGCACAUGGUUGAGCAGGGAGCAGUGAAAAGUACUGUAAGCUGUUGCUGCCAUUGGAUUUAAUUUUUCCCUCUUGGCAGGGCCAACCUGAGCAUGAUGUACAUUAGUUGUUAUGAUUAUUGUCUCAUAUGAUCAAAUUAUUCAAUUUCCAAGCAACCUAAUACCUGCCACAGCCCCUGCGGGCUGUGUUUUCUCUGGGCACUGUUAUCCUUCCGGGCCAGAUUCUGCUUCUGAGAAGAUGAAACUGAAGUUUAGUACAGAUCGUCUUCCAGUUGUGGGGUUCAUUAAAACUGAUUGUAGACUUGAGAAUAUAAGAACGGUACUAUUCUGAUUGUCACUAGAUGGUUCAUAAAUUUAUUUUCAAUUUUAUGAGCAGUGUACAUUGUCUUUUGGCAUAAGCAUUUUGUAAUCAAAUGUACUGACAUUUGGAGGCAACGAGUGUUGCAGAUAUAUUGUUGUA